AUGCAGUCCCUCGCGCAGCGUAGGAGCAUAGUUGCGGCCCGCGCCGGCGCCGCACCCCGCGCGCCCCUGCGCGUCUCUCGCAGCCGCAGCGUUGCGUGCGAGGCUGCCUCGAUGCAAUUCAUCAAGGGGAUUGACGAGCCCACAGUGCCAGAGGUGUCCCUCCGCCGCGCGCGCAACGGCAGCAGCGGCAGCGCGCAGCUGCUGUUCGACAACCCCUCCAUCUUCCAGGCGUCCGGGGAGGCCGGUGACAUCACCGGCCUGUUUAUGAUCGACGAGGAGGGCGAGCUCAGCACGACUGAUGUGAAGGCGAAGUUCGUCAACGGCAAGCCCCAGGCCAUUGAGGCGAAGUACAACAUGCGCAGCUCAUUCGAGUGGGACCGCUUCAUCCGCUUCAUGGACCGCUAUGCCGAGUCAAACGGCCUCGGUUUCGAGAAGAAGUGA